GAUCCACAUCCUAAAAGCUGAAUCCGUACAACAAUAAAGUGCCAAUUAAUCUCAAGAACGAGUGGUAGCAAAACUAUAUCAUAAACAUUGAUUAUAUAUCAACACUCGAAUCUAGAUUACUAUAGUCAAACUAAAGUGAUUAUUGCAUUACGAAAAGAAAACGAUAGAAAUAACCACAUCCGUGAUCAUCAGCCAAAUUGUAAAUAGAUAAUACAACUUAAUUAGAGACUAAUCUUUUCCAAAUAAUAAUUUCACAUAAUCAAAAUACGACACACUUACCGAAAGAUUUUCUUUAAUAUAUUUGUCAAAAAGAAAAUAGAAAAAGUAAACGCGAAGACAGAUGGCGACAGGAGAAAAGAAUUACGAUCAAAGAAACUAGACAUCUUUCUCUAGACGUUUCACAUUGUAUUUCUCAUUUUCGAUCUUGAAAAGUGAAAGCUCCAAAAAAUAUCUAACAUUUUCUUUAGUCUUCAGAGAUCUUUGGUGAUUCUUGUUUAUCUUUUACUUGGUUUCUUAAUUAUUUCUUCAUAUGGAUGGGCGUCAGCUUCACCACCUUCAAUACCUUAAUAAACAUAAUCACCAUGUUCAUCCUCAAUCUCAAACGCCAGAAAUAGCGUCACCCGCAACUGUGGCUGCAGGGGAUAGGUUUCCACAGUGGAGCUUAGAAGAGACAAAAGAGUUGAUAGCGAUAAGAGGAGAGCUGGAUCAAACUUUCAUGGAGACAAAACGGAACAAGCUUCUCUGGGAGGUUGUCUCUAACAAGAUGAGAGUCAAAAGCUUUCUUCGUAGCCCUGAACAGUGCAAGUGCAAGUGGAAGAAUCUCGUCACUCGUUUUAAGGGAUGUGAGACAACGGAUGCAGAGUCAGCAAGACAACAAUUCCCUUUUUAUGAUGAUAUGGAAAUUAUAUUUACAAGUAGAAUGCAGAGAAUGAUAUGGGUCGAAUCAGAGGGAGGAGGAGGGGGAGCAAGUGGGACAACCAGAAAGAGAAGUCACUCAGAGCAGUUCUCUUCAGAUGAAGAAGAAGAGAACGUGAAUGAAGAGCUAGUAGAUAUCAGCAAUGACCCGAAAAUCCUAAACCCCAAAAAGAACAUAGUGAAGAAGCGAAAAGGCGGUAUUAGUAAUAGUAAUGCCAGUAAUAGUGUAAGGGAAGUUUUAGAUGAGUUUAUGAGACAUCAGAUGAGAAUGGAGAACGGGUGGAGAGAACGCUGGGAGGCAAGGGAGAAGGAGAGAGCAGAGAGAGAAGAAGAGUGGAGAGGGAAGAUGGAGGAGAUUGAGAAGGAGAGAGUGAAGAUGGAGCGGAUGUGGCGGGAUAGAGAGGACCAAAGACGGUCGAGGGAGGAGACGAGGGCUGAGAAGAGGGAUUCACUUAUCAAUGCAUUGCUUGCUAAGCUUACUAGAGAUGGUUAAUUCUAUCUAGGUCUAAUAUUUUAACGUAAGUUAACUUGUUCUUUCUAUGCAUGUUAUGGGGUUGUAGGUUUUUAAUUAUUUGGUGGGAAUAGUUAAGUAUAUCCUUGGAAAAACUGAACACUCAUAUAUCGAGUUUUCUCGUGGGACUACAGGAAUAUAUUAACCUCCAUAUUCUUUUCUUCCUGUUUUGAUUUUGGUUAAUCUAUUGGGCCAUAUUAUUAU